AUGGAAAACAUUUUAGAAAAUAUCGGAAAAUUUGAAAAGUGCAGUAUAUGCGGUGAUGUAGCAGAUGGUUAUCAUUACGGUGUGCUGUCGUGUCGUGGUUGUAAUGCUUUUUUUCGACGAGCAGUUACUUAUGGAAUAAAAUAUUGCUGUCGACGAGAAGGAAAUUGUCUUGUCGAUAAAAGUUUCAACUACCUUAAUUUGUUUUUUGGUCUCAGUGACCUUAUUUUCGAUUAUUAUGCAAUUUUAAUUAUUUUAGGUGCGAGAUGUGCUUGUCGCGCUUGUCGACUGAAAAAGUGUGAAAUGGUUGGAAUGGAUCGUAGAGCAGUUCAGCCUAAGCGUGAAUCUGGUUUCAAGCAAUCUUGCUCUUCAUUCAGCUCCUAUAAACAAACGAUGCCAAAUUAUGACAUAAAUCCAGUUAUUUCACUCAGAAAUGCUUCAUUUAUCGAAUGUCUUGUGAAUGAUUACAACGAACAAAAAAUAAGAAGACAUAUGAUGCUAUGCUCAUGUAUUGAAGAAAUUCUUACUGACAAUAUCGAAAAAAUAUUAAAGAAACCGGCUAUUGGUUUUGAUUAUUUAAUAAUUUUUAAAGUUCAAAUGGUAUUAAUGUUUGAAUGGGUGUUUAAAUUGGAAGACUUCAGGUCAAUUGAAAGCGCAUUAGAUAAAGCACAACUUUUGAGAGCGUUUGCUCUACGUUAUCUACUUCUUGACAAUAUUUUCCAUACAGUUGAAUUGGGUUAUCAUGAUAAAAUAAUUCUUGUUAAUAAUUCAUAUAUAGUUCCUGGAAAUCCACCAGAAUUAUCAGAUGAAAAAAAUCAAAACCGUGCGAUUCAAACAAUGAUGUAUGGAGAAAACAGUUUUCGUUUGAUCACCGAAUUGAUAGUUCCCAUGAUUCAAAUGAAUCUUACUGCAGGCGAGAUGAUGGCAUUACGUUUGAUUAUAUUUUGGAAUCUUAAUGGUCUAUCGUUAUCUUCAAAAACCAAAUCAAUUGCGCAGUCAUCAAGCAAUCGAGUUGUAAUUGAAUUACAUAAGUGGUAUAAUGAACAAAAAUUUGAGGAUACGGAUACCCGUUUUGGCAAUUUACUUCUUUUUAUUCCGUUAUUAACCGUAUGUCUUUUUGCUUUAAUAUCUUUUCUUUUUAUAUUUUUAUUUUAUAUUUUUGUCCCUGGAAGCCUUCACUUGAUGCUAUAUUACAUAAGAAUUUUUAUUAAUUAA